AUGGUUUCCAAUGAAACGAAUUUAUCAUUAUGGCCAUGUCUUCACUCAUUACACUUUAUUACAUGGAGUGUACCAUGUACUUUAAGUCGUUUAGGUGGUAUUAUUAUUUUAUCAAUAUCAGUUGUUUGUUUUACAUUUAAUAUACGUUUUCUAUGUUCUCAACGAUGUCGAAAUAGUCUGGUUGUUUCAUUAUUCUUAGCAUCGCUUUUUGUUAUAAUGAUCAGUGUUCCAGGUGUUCUUGUACAAUUAUUUACAUGUCAUCGUCAUUGUCUAAACAGUUAUUGUCGUAUUGAAGGUUUUUUCUCAUAUUUAUCUGGUUGUUUAUGUAUGUUAAUUUUUACGCUAUUAUCAAUUCAUCGAUAUCUAUCAUUAUGUUCAUAUGAUCAUCUUUUAUCAUAUCGAUGUUCAACAUUUAUUUGUUGGUUAUUAAGUAUUGCAUUUACAUUUCCAUUAAUAUUCGAUUAUUUAAAUUCUUAUUUACCCGAAGGACUUGGUUUUCAUUGUAGUAUUAAUUGGAAAGAUCAAUCAAAUUUAGGUCGCUUAUAUAUACUUUCAUCGUUUAUUCUUAUGUAUUUAUUGCCAUUAGCAAUUCUUCUUUUUGUUAAUAUUCGAGCUCACUUAAUUAUUCGAAAUAUUUAUUCAAAACGUUAUUUAACUUCAUCAUUUUCAAAAUAUGUCCAUAAAAGAGAUUCAAGUAGAUUAAAUCGACAAGCAGAUGAUUAUGAAAAAAUUUAUGUUCAUAAAUAUUGUGUACGUAAAGCUACUGAUCGUAAACGUUUUCGUAUGGAUUAUCGAUUUUUGCGUGCUAUUGUAUUUCUUGUUAGUAGUUAUUUAAUUGCAUGGACACCUUAUUCAGUAAUUGCAAUUUUACAACUACUAGAUAUAAAAUUCAUUUCUCAACACCCUUUUUUAAUAACAUUAAGUGCUUUUAUUGCUAAACUAUCAGUUAUUUUAACGCCAUUUGUUUAUUUAAGUAUUAUGAAUUAUAAACUUUUUAAAAAAAUUUUAUUUAAAUAA